UCUUUCAUGACACCACCUCCUCCUCCUCCUCCUCCUCCUCAUCCUUAGACCCAAACAACCGCCAUUUCAUCUCUCUCUCUCUCUCUCUCUCUCUCUGAAGCAUGGAUGCUGGAGUUCGGACUGAUGUUAAUCAUAUUCUAGAUUUCGAUCCCCCAAAGAAACCAAAACGAAACAAGUAUGCCUUUGCCUGUGCCAUUUUGGCCUCCAUGACUUCUAUCUUAUUGGGCUAUGGAUAUAACUGGAUUUUGUUGGGUGCAUGUGACAUGGGAAGAAUUUCCCGGAAAUGUUUCCUUUAUUUUCUCGAGAAAAAAUAAAGAAAACUUACGGGGGUGAUGAUGCGCAGAUAUUGGGGUGAUGAGCGGAGCCGGAAUUUUCAUCCAGGACGACCUAAAGAUCUCCGACGUGCAGCUCGAAAUCCUGAUGGGCAUCAUCAACCUGUACUCCCUGCUUGGUGCCGCCGCCGCCGGCCGGACCUCCGACUGGGUGGGCCGCCGAUACACCAUCGUGAUAGCGUCCGCUAUCUUCUUCGUGGGAGCGCUCCUCAUGGGCUUCGCCACCAACUACGCCUUCCUCAUGGUCGGCCGCUUCGUCGCAGGUAUUGGCGUCGGCUACGCCCUCCUUAUCGCCCCCGUCUACACCGCCGAGGUCUCGCCCGCGUCGUGCCGGGGCUUCCUCACCUCCUUCCCGGAAGUCUUCAUCAACGCCGGACUUCUGGUUGGAUAUGUAUCGAACUAUGCGUUCUCGAAGCUCCCGGUGGAGCUCGGAUGGCGAUUCAUGCUCGGAGUCGGCGCGAUUCCUCCGGUGUUCUUGGCCGUCGGUGUGUUGGCGAUGCCUGAAUCGCCGCGUUGGCUAGUUUUACAAGGCCGACUCGGAGAUGCAAGGCGAGUUCUCGACAAGACGUCGGAUUCCAAAGAGGAGGCUCAACUCCGGCUGGCUGACAUCAAGGAAGCCGCCGGCAUUCCGGAGGAUUGCAACGACGACGUGAUUCAGGUGACAAAGCGUAGCACCGGCCAGGGCGUAUGGAAAGAGCUCUUCCUUCACCCGACGCCGACCGUCCUUCACAUCCUCAUCGCCGGCGUUGGCAUCCACUUCUUCCAGCAAGCAUCUGGCAUUGACGCUGUCGUGCUCUACAGUCCUAAGAUCUUCGAGAAGGCCGGCAUCAAAAGCAAGUCCGAUAAGCUCCUCGCCACGAUCGCCGUCGGGUUCUCGAAAACCAUCUUCAUCCUCGUCUCCACCUUCUUGCUGGAUCGGGUCGGGCGGAGGCCAUUGCUUUUAAGCAGCGUGGGGGGAAUGAUCGUGUCCCUCGGGGGUCUAGGAAUAUCCCUGAUGAUCAUAGAUCACACAGAGCAGAGGUUGACCUGGGCCAUCGCUUUGGCAAUUCUUGCGACGCUAUCAUUCGUGGCCUGUUUCUCGAUCGGCAUGGGCCCCAUCGCGUGGGUGUACAGCUCAGAGAUUUUUCCGCUGCGGCUGCGCGCACAGGGGACUAGCAUGGGGACGGGCAUGAACCGGUUGAUCAGCGGGACCAUAUCAAUGACGUUCCUCUCGCUCUCUAAAGCAAUGACGAUCGGGGGGGCCUUCUUUCUCUUCAUGGGAGUGGCUAUGAUCAGCUGGGUAUUCUUUUUUACGCUACUCCCUGAAACACAAGGCAAAACCCUUGAAGAAAUGCAGGUCUUGUUUGGGACCUUCUUCAAGUGGAGGUCCACGGCCAGGGAAUUGGAGAAGAAGAAGCGACUUAACAAUGAGGGAAAGCGUAAGGCUCAGGCUCAGGCUCAGGCUCAGGCUCAAGUGGAAUUAACUAAUACCGAGCAUUAAAAGGGUUAUGGGUGUCUAGGGUAUGGACUUAGUUUUUUUUGCGUCCAUCUAUCUUCGAUGUCGGAUAAUGGUUUUUAGAUAUGUUGCUUCUUGCUGGGAUUGGAUGGUUAUAUAUAUAACGCUUGCUUGGCCAGUUGGGAGGAGGAAAGAAAUGGCAACGCAUAGGCAGAAUUGGUGGGAAAAUACAAAAGGAAAUAAAAAUAAUGAAAGGAUAACAAUCCUUUCCAAAUUUAUUAGCA